CCGGGCCGCUCGCACCGCCCACGGGAGCGGGAGAGGCAGCGGUGGCGGCGGCGGCGGCGGCAGCGCCGCGGACGCGCAGUUUCUCUGAAUCUCAUUGCACUAUGAAACAGCUGUCGGCAGAGACUAUUCGUCUCCUUUCAAGUUCUCAGGUGAUUACAUCAGUUGUCAGUGUGGUGAAGGAGCUGAUAGAAAAUUCCUUGGAUGCCAGUGCCACAAAUAUUGAUAUUAAACUGGAGAAUUAUGGGUUUAACAAAAUAGAAAUAAGAGACAAUGGCAAUGGAAUCAAAGUAGCUGAUGUUCCAGUUAUGGCAAUUAAACACUACACCUCAAAAAUAAGCUCCUCCGAGGACCUUGAAAGGUUGACAACAUACGGUUUCCGCGGGGAAGCUUUGGGAUCAAUUUGCUGCAUAUCAGAGGUUUUGAUCACAACAAAGACAGCUGAUGAUGAUUUCAGCACUCAGUAUGCUUUGGAUAGCAAUGGGCAUAUAACUUCUAAAAAGCCUUCCCAUCUUGGGCAAGGUACUACAGUAACAGUCUUAAGGUUGUUUAAGAAUCUUCCUGUAAGAAAGCAGUUUUACUCAACAAAUAGAAAAUGUAAGGAAGAACUGAAAAAAGUCCAAGAUCUACUGACAGCAUAUGGUAUCAUAAAACCGGACCUGAGGAUAACCUUAACACAUAAUAAGGCAGUUAUUUGGCAGAAGACCAGGGUGUCAGAUCACAAAAUGGCCUGUAUGUCAGUUCUGGGAACAGCCGUUAUGGGCAGUAUGGUACCUUUUCAACACUGCUGUGAAGAUCCUGAGAUAAAUCUUUCUGGAUUUUUCCCAAAAGCUGAGUCAGACAGUUCUUUGACAAGCCUUUCAAGUUCAGAAAGGAGUUUCAUUUUUAUAAAUAAUCGUCCAGUUCAUCAGAAAGAAAUACUGAAGUUAAUUCGACAGUACUACAGUCUGGUGAUGCACAAGGACUGUACUCGUUUAUAUCCUGUUUUCUUUUUGAAUAUUACUGUACCUGCCUCUGCUGUGGAUGUGAAUUUAACACCUGAUAAAACUCAGGUUUUACUGCAUUAUAAGGAAUCUGUCUUACUUGCUGUUGAAAAUGUGUUGAAAUCACUGUAUGGGCCACUACCUGCUACCGUCCCUGGUGAAAGUAAUAAACCAGAUGUUACCUCAGAAGACAUGUUUGUUCAUAGAACAGAACCAACAGAUGUGGUUGUUAAUGAAAUGGGGCCAUCUGGAAGCGAUGAUCUACAUGCUCAUACUUCAUUCCUUUCACUCAGCAGUGAUGUGCAAAACUGUCAAGCAGGAAGAAACACAGAGAUCUGCUUAAAUCAUCAGACAUUUGGUGGUGAUAAUGUACGUAGUCACCUGGACAAAAAAGAGGUUUCUAAGAGUGAUGCCUUUCUAGAGAGUUCCUUAAAUUUAGUGUGUGAGGAGGAAAAGAAUGGACAGAAUAUGACUGAUAUUCAAAGUAACAGUGUUCCUGUGGACCCCAAAUCUAAAAAAGCCGAUGAGCAUCUUUUGAGUUCUGAUAAUAUUGACGAAAUACAAAAAAAUGAGGAAGCCUUAGUCCCUAAAGACUUACCUGAAAUCUCUGCUCAUAAUUGGAGUAUGGGAGGUGGAUUUAAAAACCAUCUAGGAGACAACCUGGAACCUGUUAAGAUUUUGAUUCCUGAAGCUGGAGGAACAAUUAAUAAGCAAAAUGAACAUAUUGGUGAACAAAGCAAUGAUCCACAAAUCUCAAAUCAAAGCAUAAAGAAAAGAAAUGUGAUAAGUGAUAAAUUCGGACAUGUGACAGCUUAUGACUUAAUUAGUAGUAGAAUAAUAAGGAAACCAAAGUCUGCAAUUGGAUUUUUCACUCAAGAAUGUCGUCCAAAAUUGAUAACUGAUAAUCCAAAGACCAGCAUGGAGGACAUCCUGCUGAAAAUUGAAGAGCAGUGGAAGAAUUUGAAUGAAGAGGAAAAAAAGAACUAUAUCAGAGUUAAGUAAAACCUUUUUAUCUAGCUUCUGAUUUACCUAAUUUAAAACUCACUAAGCAAGCAACAUGCCAUGAUCACAAAACCAUACAUGUGAGAAAGUGCUUUGUCCAUCUCUGCAUUAGCAGAAAUAUUAAUGUAAUAGUAGAAAUCUACUCCAAUUAUAUUCAUGCUUUUAAUGAAAUGAAACAAAAGGUUCUGCCAGCUGUUUCAGAAAAUUUUAAUUUGCUCUGCUUUAGCUUUUGAGAUUUCAUGGUCGCUUUCCUGGUACAACUGUUAUGUUUAAGAGUGUGCCUACAGAUUAAUUUUGUAUUAGUUCAGGAAGGAGACCUCUCUGGUAAUGAAGUUUUCCUUAUAUGUAGGAUUGAAUGCAGUAUAUUAUAUAUAGUAUAUAUAUUUUCCUUAUAUGUAGGAUUGAAUCCAGUGGAUGUUGAAGUGAAUGAAAAAUUUACCACUAGUUGUAUCUGCACAUUUCAGCUUUGGUGUACCUCUAUUCUGCGUUUAAUCUUUUAAAAUUGCCUCAGAAAAUCACUAAAAUAGGAAGAGAUAUGUAGACAUCCUUCCCUCCAAGGCAACAAUCCAGAAGAACUGUUGUAUGUCUGGCAGAGAACAUAAGCCUUGCCUACCAGAUACUCUGGAUAAAUUGGGCCACCUAGAGGUAACAACAAACGUAUAUACAACAGGGCAGCCAAAGUGCCACAGUUCUACUGAGCACACUAUACCUCCAACUUAAUGCAACCUUGUUGGCAAGACACCACUUUUCCUGGGUUCUAGUCCUCCAUCCUUCUGUGAUGAAGUCACACGUUUGUUGCAAUGGGUGUGCUUGGCUUUAGCAUCUCUGUUUCUCUCUGUGGCUCCUCCAGCAGGUCUAAAUGAGUUUAAAUCCCUUUUGGGAGCAAUACAACCAACAGAUGUCUCAUAGUGACAUAGGAUAGCCUUUUCAAAACAAGCCAGCAUUUAUUACUCAACCGGAAUGUAAAAUUUUAUGGUCUUUAGGUUAUAAUAGAAGAGGAAACCUUCCAUGCAUGUCCAUGUUGGCAGCAUUGCAUAUCCCCCUGCUUUGCAAAGCCAGGAUUUAAUUUCUUGCGCUCGCUCUGCUCUUACUUAAUACAGCUUACAUACAUUUCUGGCCUUAAUAUUUCUUGUCUGUCAGGCUCAGGUAGGAGUGGGAGAAGUCCCUCCAAGUGCCAUGACAGUGGCUGCAGUAGUUAUCCUGAAAGUGUAGGAAAGGUUCAGAGCUUCACACACAUUAUCAUGGGACUAACAAAUUACCUUGUCAGCACUCUACAGUGAUUCUUCAUGAGUAUAUUCGUACCUUGGGAGAAACAUCAUUUCAGGUAGCAUGGCCUUUGCUGUCUGUUGACAG